UCGAUAAACGGUGAUGUCAAUUUGAAUUUAAUUUGCGAGUUUCUUGUUGGUUUCUUGUUUUUAAUAAGGUUUUUGCCUUUAAUACUAGAACUAUUAUUAUUUUGUAUAAAGAGGCAACAUUUGCUGUUCUUAAUAAUCUUGUAAAUCAAGUAUAUUUUGUGAAAUGAUCAGUUGUAACAAUGAAAAAAUUUGGCACUGACCCUAAAGUUAAGAAAACACUUGUUAGAAACUAUGAAGAAAAAGCAAAAAGCUGCUCUCGCAAUCAUGAUGAACAAACAGCAAACUCGAAUGCUAUACCAAAACAAAAUCUACGAAACAGACAUAUUCAAAACGAUACUGAACUUGGUCAACCCACUUUAUGUUCUAGUGAGGUUUUAGCUAAUUAUUUGACGGAUGUGACAAAAAAUCUGCCGCUUCCUCAAUGUAUCGAAGACAGUAAUAUUGAUAAAGAACAAAUAAAUGCCAAAAUGACCAAGAAGUUAAAUUUUCAUUUUAAUGAAAAACUGUACAAGAAUUUAGUAGAGCUAAACAUAAAUGCUGAAGUUCAUAAAACAAGAAAGGACAGAAAGCCUCUAAGAGCAUCAACUAAGAGAGACCUCGAACCAAAUAUUGAAGAUUUUUGUCAAGAUGAAAAAGAAAAAGAUCUUCCGCCUACAAUCCCUGUUCCUCUUUGUAAUUUCAAACCUAUUAAGAAAGUUGAGAAUGGACAGUUACAUAAAUUAAUUGCUUCUUUUGAAAAAUUAUGACAUAUAUUUUUAUGGUCCUUUA